CCCAAUCCCCGGAGCUCUUGGAGGUGAUUGUUGUUGCUUCCUUCAUGUCUGCUACUCCCCCCUGUAGAGUGGCUUCCUAACUACCAUCAUGCCCGACCCCUUUAGCCUUCCUUUGCGCCCUGUUAUCGAAAAACACGAUCGCCCGGACUCUUUACCGCGUGAAAUCGCCCAGAUCAACGCCCAAUGGGGUUCGUUCCGCGACGUCAGCGAGGCUAGUUUAAGGGCUCAGAUUGAGGAAGAUGAAGACAAGGACCCGUGGGCGGGAGAUCGUGACAGCGAAAAUGCCGCCGCAGAGGUAGACACCUCUGAGCGGAGGGAUCAAUUGUAUAAGCGUCGGGCAGAGAUCACCCAAUUCGCCCUGUAAGUUUUGUCUCCCUGUUGCUUUCCAAAUAUACUCCCCGCCAGGCUGAAACGUCCAUGUCUGCCUUCCUGAAGUCGGCCGCGCCCCUUGGUACUCUCAACUCCGAACUUGUGAACCCCCCGCCCAGACCGGAAGCUUUGAUUACGGAUGUCAAGUCGGUAUCGCGAGGAUGGAGGCUACAGAACUUUGACGCCGCUGCCAACAAACUCCUCAAAUGUGCUGCCAGACUGGAAACCGAGGUCCAGGCAGAGACAAGAUAUUGGAAUGGGGUUUUAGCGGUGAAGGAGAAGGGCUGGAAGGUUUGUCGACUACCACGAGAGGGACAAGCCCUUGGAGUGCAAUACGGGUUUUUAGAAGCUACGCCGAUUUUCCGCGAUCGAGGCCUCGCAGCGCUACGAAGGACAGACGAUGGAAACUUGGUAUUGGAUAAAGGGCUAAUGCCUCAAAAGGCUCAAGCGGUCCGAGUAAGGGUCAAGAGUCGCGGUCGCGUAACUGGAUGUUCUAAAGCCUACCGACCGACAAAACAGGCGGAAUCGAUCGAACGACGGAUUUUACAAGCCCGUGACACACUAUUUGAGGAGGAGCUCUUCCAUGAACUGGUUCGAGAGGCUAGGAUACUAGGGAGUCAAGGUGUCACGACGCGUCAGAAUCUGGUACAGCUUCCCGUAUCUGAGGAGCAGGAGAUACUGUUGGAUUUGGUGGAUGGUGAAGACAUGACCUCAAAUGAGGACGCGUCUGACUCUAGCGAGCAUGACGUCCUUGCGGAUGUCCUUGCACACUCUAUUCGUAUUCUCCUUUCAUAUUCCCAUCGCCAGAAUCAUCGAAGGAGAACCCAACCGCCACCUCCAAUCUCGAAAAACCGUCGACCAGCCCCCGAAUACCACAUCCUCCGACCAAUCAUAGCAUAUCUCCAACAUGACUCUCACGUCCGCUGGCUGGAAUCUUUCAUGAAAGAUAUCCAUGGGGUUCUAAACUCUGCAGGACUCAAGUGUGAAUUUCACGCGACCCCUUUCGCGUCAAUCGGCACAUUACAGCCAAACAAGUCUGUCCCCACGGUGGAAGCUCUGGUCAGAGUCUUUUUAACACCGUUUGAAUCUACGUUUUCUGGAAAUUUGGUAACUCCUCAAAGUUUCUUCAAGGUUCGAGUGCGGACGAAUCCUGCCGUACCUCCAUUUGGCACCCAUUAUGACAUUUCCAUCAAUCUGCCGCAAAACCCAGAUGUUCAGCCCCCCACCCGAAUUGGCUUGCAAGAUGAGGUCGCGGCGGUGAUCACACAUUUUAUCAUGCUGGAUAUCACUUCUGCUAUCGCAUUACAAAGCCCGCAAAUUGGUCAAGACAUCUUGAACAGUCACCAGGAAACUGCGAGCAAGGUGUCUUGGGAGGUGGCAUACCCACACCAUGGUGAGCUAUUGGCCGUCACUAGUACAGGACAGAGCAAAAAAAUGAAAGUUAGCCUCUCACGACAGGAGUUGGCUCUUCAGAUCUACUCCUCAGGCCGAGCGGAUGAUAUCAACCAGCCAAUUGCGGCCAAAUCUCCCACAUUACAGUCCCAGACGUGGAAGCCUAACCUUGGAGGGUCACAUCCUAGUGUAAUGGAUUUUGUGGCAAGAGUAUCCCAAACUUGAGGACCGACUCACAGAUGAAUUGUGAUAUGGUCCCAGGGGCAUAUGCUUGAAAGCGGCUGGGAAAUAUCCCAACCUCGGGUCUUGAUAUGUUUUACUGUGCAAGCCAGAUUUAAUACCUGUAGCUCAUGUGGCACCUAAUUAUCUCUCUCCCUCUAUCUUUCAGUGCAUGGAUGUUUCCAAUCAAUGAAUUAUGAAGUUGGUGAUUCUACCAUACAGAACCUCACACAUAACCUCUUUUCCACCCUGUUUAGGAUGUAAAUCAAGGGAUUUCCUCACCUUCCAGAUAACCUACUCAUCUAUUAAUAG